AUGUUCAUGUCCUGCUUUCUGACCCAAGCUUUGACCGGGAUUUCCUUGGUGAUACAUCGCGUUGUUUAUACAGCAAUUCCUUUCAAAGCUGAGCGAAUAUUCUCACCAACUGUCCUAAAGAUUCAUACGGCUUUACUGGGAGUGAUUUUCUUGGGCUUAGUAGGCAUUAUGUGUUCCCCUUACGCUGGACUUUUAUUUUGUCCUCAAACUAUGGACAGAAUCCUUGUAAAAGCUCCUGCCACGCCAGUGAUACAAUGGAUGAACACGGUAUGCAAUUAUUUGGUGGGAAUAAGUACGGUCUCCGCCUACACUAUUGUUAUCGGUGUUUUAGUCAUAAGAGGAAAUAUCACGUUCCAUUCCAACGCGGAAUAUCGCAUGAUGAUACAGGUAGGUAGCUGA